AUGAUCAUCGCCAUCUGUGUUGCGGUAAAUUCCCAGGGAGAAGUUCGUCGGCAAAAACAUUUGGAUGUGUUUUUCGUAACCGCUUCAUGGUCAAUUUUUGCUUAUAUAUGGAUGUAUGUGAUCCUCGCUGUGACAUCGCCGGGAGAGAUCGAAAUUUGGGAAGGAUUGCUCACAUUCGCCUUCUUCCCACUUACUGUGUUCACGGCCUGGAUUGCCGAUAUCAAAAUUAUCCAGACUCGAUUCCUUCCUCGUCGCUAUCGCCGUGGAUCUCAUGGUAUGAUUGCCACCGAGGGUGAGGAGCUGAAAAUGCUGGAAAGCAACGGAAUCACACAAGCCUACAAGGAUUUCAGCCAGCCGGAUUUCGUUGAUCCUGCUGUCCGAGCAUUCGAAGAGCACAGACGCGAGUUCAUAGAGUUGAUGAGGGAGAUCCGGAAGAAGAAUCCACAUAUAUCACCCACGGAAUUGCAGAAGCAGGCUGAGUACGAGAUGAUAACAAGGUCUGUAUUCAAAUCACUUUGGGUUCGAGGUGUCUCAGAGGUGUGCACUGAGUUAUUCAGAGGUCCAAAAUCGCGUGCGUUCUACCGUGUACAGGCUACUAGACGUCUAAUUGGCGGUGGAGACAUCGUGAAGAAGCGAAUCGACAAAGAACAUAACAAAGCUAUCGACAUGUUGGUGCAGGCACAAGAGAAGCAAACAAGAGAAAACACAUGCAAGAUAUUCUUUGAUCCAGCACAUUACACAGUACUCGAGAAUGUCGGAUCAUUUGACGUGGUUGUUGGCAGAGACGGAGGACCAGAUGGCCUCACUGUGAUGGUGGAUUACUACACCGAAGAUGGUACCGCUAACGCUGGAUCGGAUUAUGUGCCUGUCAAAGGAACUCUUACGUUCUAUCCGGAUGAUAGGAACCAGAAAAUUAGCAUCGACAUCGUAGACGACGAUGUGUUCGAAGAAGACGAACAUUUCUACCUGCAUCUGAGAAACCUUCGUGUUCGUACCAAAGACGGUCUGAUCCUGGACCCGUCGCGAAUCGGAGGAUUGCCCGUGGCACAGCUUGAGAUGCCUGCCACUGCCACCAUUAUGAUUCUAGAUGACGAUCACGCCGGUGUGUUCUCGUUUGAGCACGAUCACUAUGAAGUUGUUGAAAGUUGUGGUUUCUUAUCCCUCAGAGUUCAGCGGCAUUCGGGAGCCAGAGGAAAGGUUGUGAUCCCAUAUAGAACCUAUGACGGAUCCGCUAUUGGAGACAAGCAUUUCGAAGCCAGGGAAGGAGAAGUGACGUUCGAUGACAAUCAAACUGAGUACGUUUAG